AUGAAGCUCCCCCUUCUCCUCCUUCUGGCGCUCCUUUACGCCUCCUCCACGAUGGCUGGGGAUCCUUCUAGCAGGACGGUGCUCGAGACCCGGAUUACUACCCUUGUUGCUCGGACGCGAGGCCUCAGUGGUAAUGCUGAAGAUUUGGAAGGGAGCGUAGGGGGUGCGAAACCGAGGAGGGAUAUGGACGACGUGGUUACGACGACCGCGAUUGGUACGACUUCUAGAUCUGAGCUUGCGUUGAGGCAUCCGAAUGGGCCUAUUCUAUCUCGGCCCUCAAGCACGACAACAGCCCCGCAAGAAAGAUGCACAAUCCGCAGCGGCCAAAACUCCACAGACUGCAUCCAGUCGGCACCCUGCGGCGUCAUGUUUCUAAACAUACAAAUGAUCUACGACAAUCUCAACGUCGGCUCACAUCCGCCCUGGAGCGUAGACCACGAGUUCCAAGAAAAGUUUUGCAACACGACUCUCCAUCAACCUUCAUAUGACAUAGACUUCUACUGCUGCAAAGCGUGUCUCGAGAGCGCGCAUUUCCGCCAGCACCGCUGGUCAGAUACCAUGCUCGACUUCUGCCAGACGCCAAACCCGUCCGUCUACCUGCUCCUGCUCGCGGUCCUCGACCUGGUCCGGGAUGCUAACUCGACCGACGCUGCUAAAGUCUUCAUCAGGUCGAAUAUCUGGCACAUCACUACGUGGUCGACGUAUUUUUUCUCGUCGCCGGGGCUGAUGGCGCCGACUGGCUGGUCCUCCAGUGAUGGACCUGGGUGCGCGUCGUCUUUGAAUUUAUCAUCAACCUCAACAUCGCUAUCAACAUCCCCAUCAACCACACCACCCGCAUCAGAGCCACCUCCCAGCACCACCAGCACCACCAGCACAAACACCAGCACCCCCAACCCAGCAGACCUCCUCUCCCAGCUCCCCCCCUCCUGGCCCUAUACCUCCCCCGGCCCCGCGCGCCACCCGGGCCAAAUAGCCACAUACACGCUCACCAAGCCCUUCCCACAGAACGGCGUCGCAGGCAUCGUUCUCGCGCCUCUGCUCUGGUUCCCGCGUUUUGUAAACGGCCAGCAGCAGCAUCCCUUGGCGGACUACACGCCGAGCGUCUUGUGGCCGGAUGGACGUGCGACGGGGUCGGCAGCGUUGAGUACAGCGUCGUGGUCGUGGUUGGAGCCUAAGAUAUCGGAUUCGAGGAUUGAGGGGACGAGUACGCGGGCGUCUGUGAGUGGAGAGACGGAUUCGAGGAUUGGGCCGACGAGUACGCGGGGGCCUGUGAGUGGGGAGACGGGGACGAGCGGGGAGGUGAGGGUGUCGAAGAUGCCGUGGUGGGGGUUGGUGUGA